AUGACGUGCAGGAGCAGACUCUCCAGCCUGCCCGGCGAGCUGCGCAACAAAAUCUACGAAUACUGCGUCGAAGACGACAUCAUCCCACUGCGACGUCGCCCGAAUGAGCAACAUAGCGCAGGUGCCUACCGCAGUCUCACGCAAACGAACCGUCAGAUACGCGACGAAUUCCGACCCAUGUACAUGAAGCAUACCGCCAUUUCCAUCAGCCUCUCUCCAGACAACAGCAACUACAUCGACACCUUCCUCAUCCGCCCCUCCAAAGGCAUCCAAAAACCCUACCACGGUGACCUAACCAUCAAAGUCCCCGACGAAAUCCACUUCCAACGCUACAACUUCUUCUGCCUCCUCCUCGCCCUCACCGGCUCCCCAGCCCUGCUAUUCCGCUUCGAAUUGACAUUGCUGGCAUCGCAAUUGUACAGCAAUCGUCCCUACCACCCUUACCAUGUCUACGGCUGCAUCGACUGGAUCAAUCGCUUCCUGCGCAACUUUGCCUUUGCCUCGGAUCUCAAUUGGCGCUACAUGAUGCUCGAAGCUGUCGGCGCGGUCGGUGUCACGGUUGUCUCUCACUAUCCCCAGUCACACAUGAAGUUGUACUUGCACCCGCACAUGGUGACAAAGUGGAAGCCGGUGCUCAAGCAGUUCUGGAUCUUCAUUGGACAGCGCGAUUUCCACAGCUCGCUGUGCUUUCGGACGGGUUUGCGCACGGUGAUGAAGACGGCGGCGAUGCUGAGGGUUCGUAGGAGGAAUGCGGCGGGGCAGUAUGUCUACAUGAGCGUGUCGGGGUGUUAUGCGUAG